AAUUUUAAUAAGCAUAUCAUUACUCGUCAUAUAUAACACUAUGAUUAUUAAGCUAUAGCUAGCCAUCUCUUUAUUUUACAGGGCCCCUCAAAAGCAGAGGUGAAAAAAAAAACAACUAGAAAGAGAGAAAAAGCCUCUUCUCAAAAAGUGGCCACUCUUUUUUUCCUUAAUUUUUUUAUAACUCCUCUCCUUUUCAUUCCCAUUCCCAUACCCUUCCCUUAUAAAAACCACUAUCUUCUUCUCAUAUUUUCCAUCGAAUCAAACUCAAAGCCCUUCACUUUACACUCAGUCACUCACUUGAGAUAAAAUGGAGACCCGAGGCUCUUCUUUCUCCAGCUGCCGAGCCUACUUUCGGGCCUUGGCCCAAACCCCAGCCCGUUUCGCCCGCCGGGCCGGCUCGGUCUCCACCUCUUACGAAGAAAUGAGCCAGGCCCGAGCACGGUCUGGUUCUACCAUGAUCAAAAGCCUCCGAUGGUUUGACCUCGUCGGGUUCGGCAUCGGCGGCAUGAUCGGCGCCGGUGUUUUUGUUACCACUGGCCGUGCCAGUCGCCUCUACGCCGGCCCUGCCGUUGUUUUAUCCUACGCCAUUGCUGGAGUCUGUGCUUUGUUAUCCGCCUUCUGCUACACAGAGUUCGCCGUCGACAUGCCCGUCGCCGGCGGCGCCUUCAGCUACCUCCGUGUCACUUUUGGUGAGUUUGCGGCUUUCCUAACGGGUGCGAAUCUCGUGAUGGACUACGUCAUGUCAAACGCCGCCGUUGCGAGAGGCUUCACGGCUUAUUUGGGUACCGCCAUCGGCGUCCCAGUCGCGAAAUGGCGAAUCAUCGUUGCCGGACUUCCCAAUGGGUUCAAUGAAAUAGACGUCGUCGCCGUCCUCGUCGUCUUAAUGGUUACUUUCGUAAUAUGCUACAGUACGAGAGAGAGCUCGAUGGUGAACAUGGUCUUGACGGCGCUUCAUAUUGUGUUCAUACUAUUCGUAAUAGUACUUGGGUUCUGGAAAGGAGACUGGAAAAACUUCACCGAACCCGCUGACCCGGCUCAUCAUCCAUCUGGGUUUGCCGCAUAUGGAGUUUCGGGGGUUUUCAACGGAGCCGCCAUGGUUUACCUCAGCUACAUCGGUUACGACGCCGUUUCCACCAUGGCGGAAGAGGUUCGUAACCCGGUCAAGGAUAUCCCUAUCGGAGUAUCCGGCUCUGUUAUCAUCGUCACCGUACUCUACUGCUUAAUGGCCGCAUCUAUGUCCAUGCUUCUUCCGUACGACUUGAUCGACGCAGAGGCGCCAUUCUCGGCCGCAUUCAGUAGGCAAUCGGACGGGUGGAAAUGGGCCUCGAAUGUGAUCGGAGUCGGGGCCAGUUUCGGGAUUUUAACGUCGCUGCUUGUGUCGAUGUUGGGCCAGGCCCGUUACAUGUGCGUAAUCGGACGGUCCAGCGUGGUCCCGGCCUGGUUCGCUAAGGUCCACCCCAAGACAUCGACGCCGGUCAACGCUUCCGCUUUUCUCGGUAUCUUUACGGCUUUGAUUGCCCUUUUCACUGAUCUAAAUGUACUUCUCAAUCUUGUCUCCAUUGGCACUCUCUUUGUCUUUUUCAUGGUGGCCAAUGCUGUGAUUUAUAGGCGUUAUGUUGCUGUGGGGACUACCAAUCCAUGGCCUACACUGUCCUUCCUCUGCUCAUUUUCCUUGACAUCCAUUUUGUUCACCCUCAUAUGGCAAUUCGCCCCGCCAGGUAAACCGAAAGCCAUCAUGCUAGGGUUCACCGCCUUGAUCGCCCUUGCUAUGUUGCAGAUUUUUCAUUGUAUGGUUCCACAAGUGAGAAAACCUGAGUUUUGGGGUGUCCCUUUCAUGCCAUUGAUUCCAUCCGUAUCCAUCUUCUUGAAUAUUUUCUUGUUGGGUUCUCUUGAUGGUCCUUCCUAUUUGAGAUUUGCCUUCUUUUCGGCUCUGGCAGUGCUUGUUUACGUGUUCUAUAGUGUUCAUGCAAGCUUUGAUGCUGAAGGAGAUGGCGCUCUCAGUGUGAAGAACGUGGAAAUUCACAUGGAACCAACUGAGGAUAAAAGUCGUGAUAAUAGUCUUAAAGUUUAGAAAUUAAGUUUAUUCUGUUGACUUCUCAAGUAAAACUGUUUUUUUUUUUAAGAUUUUCGAUGGGUAGCGAGGAAGAAAAAGGAAUAUAGAUUAGGAAUAGAAUACUCUGCAGUUUUUGCAGGAGUAGUAAGCUUAAUUGUACAGUUGGUUAUCCAGUAUUGUAAUUGUACAUCAGGUUUUUUGACCUUGAAAAAAAUGCAGUAUAAGAAAUGCACAAGAAAGAGCAGUUGACCUUUCAUUUUCUUC